AGUGAAAUGCGUAACCUACAAUGUUUUGUCCGCAAAAAAUCAAUUUCUGACAUUUCCUUCAAAUCGUUUUUCUUGUCUCUCUUGGAGUCAUGAACUUUCUGCAAUUAUUUAGGGAGCAAGUCUGCUUCAUUAUCCCAUUCAUAUAUUUUUGCAGUUUUAGAAUCCCGUAAAUUAACUAAAUAUAUUUUAGAUAGUCCUUACUUCAGGUAGAAUCGUGAUUUAUUAAUGUUUUACUCCCAGUUAAAAGUGUUUUGCAACUCGUGGAUUCGGAAAUUCAAAUGAUUGUGCGUGCAUUUCAUCAAUCAUAUUCUACCCUUAUGUGAUAAGUACCCUCUAAUCUCUGGUCUUCCAUUUCAUUGAUUUUUUUACUUCAAAUCAAAUCGUCAAACUUAUCAACCAGAAUGGUACGAAGAGACUAUGAAAUAAAAUUCUUCAAUUAUGCUCCGGGUAACGUUGUCAAUCAUUCGCUGAUACUAAUCAAAGGCUUCAUCGUAUGUAAUAGUAACAUAGAUGGUGAGGAUGAGCCCUCAACAGAUGAUGUAAAUGGGAAUGUGGAAGAUGCAAUUCCUGAUACCAUUGAAGUUUCUGUCGGAGAAGCUGACACCUCUUCCUCUAAAUGGGAUGUUGUCAACUUAAAAUACAAGUGUCUAGUCAAUUUAAGCUUCGGCAAAAAUGUAUUAACCUUUAGAUUUGCUGAAACCAUUACCACUUUAGUCCUAUCCUAUGUUCCUCGUGAUACUCUAUUCCGUGUAACGCCAGUGUAUAUUAUCUGUGAUGAGGAUGAUGGAAGAUUCCAAAGUCCUGAAGGCUGUGAUAACUCAAUUGAAAGUGCUUGCAAUCGUAUUAAUCUUGGAUGUAAGCUGAUACAAUGCCUGGUCUCGAACAAGUUGUUUGAGAAAGGAUUUGGGCACAAAACAUUCCAGCUAGAAAGUGAUUUCACCCACAACAGCACCAAUUGCCUAGUCUUUUACAGCAAACUGCCUGUGUGCUCUGCUAGGACCAUGAAGCCAGAAGACUUGUGGGAGUACUUUGGCCGUGAAAUUAUGACUUCCAUCCAUGGUAAUCAAGAUUGCAAAUUUCUGGCAUUUUUGUCUUGCACCAUUUGGGAUGGAACAACGGUUAAAGCCCAUGCUGCCCUUGGUGGAGGAGGUUUAGCGUUGUUUGGGAGUGCCUGUUUGCAUACUUGGCCCGACUCCUUUGAUAAAAUCAUUCCAUGUUUCCUGAACUCAACGAAAAUCAACAAAUCUCUUCUGAUGGAUGAUAGUUGCCAUAGGGGAACCUACGGUGGUUGCUUCAGCACAACCUUAGGAGCUGUAUGCCAUGAAUUGGGUCAUACAUUUGACCUGGGACACACCAAGCACGGUCUAAUGGGUAGAGGUUUCGACCACAUUGAUCUCGUCUUUACAAUGAAAUGUACCAAGAGCACUGAGCGCUGCUCAAAGAAUGUGAGGAAUAUCAAUAAAAUUGGAUCCACACAUCAUGCCGUUGUGACAUUUAUUCAAGACAUCAAUGUAUCAUGCAAUAUUAACUCUCUCCAGAAACCUAGGAAUCCAACCCUGUCUCAAACACCGAUCACAUCCCUGAACAGAAAUUCUCAUGCACUGCAAGAUGACCAGAACUCAGAUGACAAAACAUUUUGGUCAGCUAGCUGUGCCACAAUUCUUGCUUUUCACAAGUGGUUCAAUAACUUUGACAGGAACCUCAAUCAAGAAGAUGUCAUUUUGAAGUUUGAUAGGACCAGAAAUGCUGUUAUCUCAAACCGAGGCAUUAAAGUAAUUGAGCUGCGGAAAGAAAACGGAGAUGUACUGCAUUCAUGGCAGUUUCCAGAGAAUCUUGCAAAAAAGAAAUUGUUUUUGGUGCCUGUACAGCAUCUAAAUGUUGCAGAAACAAUUGUAGUUGAAGACGCUUUUGGUAAUCUGUUAAAGCAAAGGCUUAGUAGUCUGGUUUGAACUUCCCUCAUUAUAUCUUGCAUUAUUUAGUAUGUAUUCAAGCUCUAUUCGCUUUUUGGUACAUGGUUUGUGCAGCUUUGAGAAGUGCUCAAAAAAUGCUUGGUUUUGACAUUUUUUUUCAAGGGCUAUAAAGAGCUUGAAUUUUUAUCUUUACUAAUUGUCAGUAUUAAAUUGUCUGUUGUAAUAAUUGACAAUGCAUUUUGACACCAAAUAGACCAUUUAGAAGUGCAUCCCUCCUGUAAAAGAAAGCAUUAUCUACCUCUAAAGUGAACUAAAAUUUUAUGACUUGGACUUCUGAUGCAGGAAGAAAACUGAGCAUUGAGGAAAAGGUAACAAUGAAGGUGAUAAAAUGUGCUGGAAUAUUCCAGAGGCGUAGAAUCUUCCAAGCUUCCACAUUUUCAUGCGCCCACCUACUGACUCUUUAAAGAAUGUCUCAUUAAUAUAAAAAAGAUGACUUUCUUCUUUUCCAUUUGAUUUUUGCCCCUUAAAAAUUCGUCUACCUUCCAAAGUUUGGGGCCUUUCCCAACUUUCACAUGUUUGCUGAUGAAUGUGAUCAAGCAUUUUCUGCACCCCUGGAAAAUUUCAAAAAGUGCUUGACUGAAUAGUCUUAAAGUUGCACAAACUAUGGAUCAAAAUGGUCACUCUCGUUUGCCUUAAAACUUAUCUUUUGAUUCCUAGAUCAUUCCAAAUAGGAUAAUAUGCAAACCUCUGUCUGCUGUUAGUUCCAAAUUGAAAGAAAAGCUCAUAGGAUAUUGAUACAAGUUGAGGACUAGUUCUUUAUGUGCCUUGUUAAAGGGUCAAAUAGGAAAUUCCUUUGAAAAUUUUGGAACUUUGGUUCUCCCAAGAUGCAGUUGUCUGAAAAAAACGAUAAAUUGUGGUAUGUGCAAGGAACAGGUUUUCCAAAAUUCAUCUCAAUGAUAGAAAUAAUUGUGAUUGGAGUGUUAUUUCCUCACUGCUGAUCAUGAUUUAUUCACUGUCAGAUCUCAUAAAACAGUAUUUUCAUUUUAUUCCUUUCUUUAUUUUUAUAUUUAUAUGUUUUUCAUUCAAUUUUUCUCUCUUUGUGUUAAGCUAACCAGGGAAGAAACAAGCGGAAACAAGCAGUGGCCAGAUUUCUUUACAUAUAUUCUUAAUCUGAAUGCAUUUUGCUUUUGAAAUUCCAUCCUCAGUAGGUACUUAAAUGAUUAGAUGUUUCUUGUUAAAAAUCUCUAACUCAUUUAUUCCUUUCAUUGCACUUAAUGAGCGAAUAUGUAUCUAUCUGACUUGAUUUGCACUGCUAGGUAGGUAAUCGGUUCACUUCCAGUGAGUGCUAAAAUUUUAAUGUUGCUUAAAAAAAAUCACAAACGGUUACCGAGUCAUGUGCUAAUGUCCUUCUAAUACCUCUUCUGAGAAAUUCAAAAAUCCAACCAUGUACCUUCUCAAAAACUCACAUGCCCAGGGCUUAAUCGGUUUGAUUUACGAUUAGUUUAGUUUUUGAAAUUAUAAUUAAUUUAUAUUUUUAAAUUUGAAUUUAGUCUCCUCCUCCCUCCGAAAAAACUGCAGGCUCACUCUGUCUAUAUAGUAUUUUCGAGCAGUAAAAUAUUAAGAAUCAGUGAAAGUAGGAUCCAUAACAGGAAAACUUGCUAUAAAUGAAGGAAAUCCUUUUUAAUCUUCAGUGUUAGGCUUUCUAAUUUUACUUCAUGAUUCCCAUUACGCCUAAGAUGCAGACUUCUCCUGCAGAAAUCCUAUGAGUUCAAACAACUUUGUACCAUUAGAGAUUCCUCUCUCAGUCCUUAAUUAGAGAUGGUUAGCUAUUGAUUUAACUGGAACUUCCAUUUUAGAGUUGAUCAAAUCGUAGAUUAUCAGGCAACAAGCAGGAUCCUGUCCAUCAGGGUUUAUUGUUGCUUGAUACAUAGUUGUUCUAUUACCAAAACAUUCCCUCUAGCCAGAUGGCCUUAAAAUACUUGAAUUAUAGUGAAUCAAAUAUUUUUUCAUUUUCUAGGUAUUGCUUCCUUUUAAAAAUUUUACGUGUUUAGAUUUGUAAAGUAGCCAAUGAGGAUAGAUUUUGUAUCCACUCACAUUGUAGGAUUGCUUUGAUCUUUAAAGUACUGAUUGAAUGUCAAUGAAUGUGGCAAAAUUUAAAUGCAAUCUCUCUUGUGGUUAAAAAAAGAUCCGGGUAUGAAUUACAGUGAUUUCAUUCCUUUCUAUAUAAAAUUCGUUUUUAUAACCAAGUGUGUGCAUUUAUUGUAGCUGUUAAUUGGAUAUCUUACCAAUCGCUUAAGGAAAUCUACCUAUGCUCAAAUUGUUCAUGAUAUGAAUCAAAUUUUUUUCUUAUAAAGGACACAUGCACGAGAAUCAAUCAAAACACUGUAAUUCACGUAGCAUGCUAUGGAGAUCAUAUGUGAAAAAUACAAAUCUGAUCAAUAACUCUCAGGAUCCACAUCUCAUUAAGAAUGUAAAGAUGUUUUACUAAGCCAAAACUUUAAACUUGUCAUUGCAUUGAAUUUGAAAUUUUUCUCAAUGAUUAUCUUAAUUAUCAGCCUCAGUUUGUCAGCUUGGUUUUGCUUUGAAGUUAAUGUAGACUGCUCUGUGUUCUAAGUCAAUUUUCUUUUCUUUUCUAAUUGAGUCUCAAAAAUUAUGGAUGAAAAAAAGGGAAAAGAAAAUACAUUAAGAACCUCCCAUCAAGAUAAAACCAUCUUAUGGAAUAAUAGAUCCAAAGCAAAUGAAAGUGAUGCAUCAGGUACAUAAUUUUAGCUGAAGUUCUAUUGUCAUAUAAUCCAUGUAGAUUUAUUAAUCUUAAGUAAUCCAUACCUCUUCAAACUGUAAAAUAAUUUUCGUAGGGUAGAACAAAAUUUUGAGCAAAAAAGAGGUUAAUUUUCUUCAGUAAUCCAAUUCCUGUUGUAAAUUGAAUUUGGAUUUUUGAAAUUUUGCUAUUGAUUUGUUUUGAAAACUAUAGAAUAGAAAAAACUAUAGAAUAGAACUCGAGUCUGUCCAAAAGUUGCCAGCCAAAAUUUGCGUUAGGUGUUUCAUUGACGCCUCUAAAAUUUUUCUUGUCUUCUAAGUCUCUCAAGAAUACUGCAAUAUAUGUUAAAUAUUAUUUUUAAGGAUGGCUUUUUCAAAUAUUAUUCUUGAAGUUUGGAAGAAAGAUUUUCUUCUCUGAGAAAGGUAGUACUUUAAGUUUAGGUAGUCUCAGUUAUAUGUUUGUAGCGCCGAAAAAAAUCAAAUUUAGAGGAAUGGAAAUAGAGAGUCAGAAUGACAUGCUCUGCAUUUUAAUUUAAAGGUCAGAGAAGGUCAUUCAAUUCCUGAACAGCUGUACAUAAAUAAUAUUACACUGAUCACUGGAAGCAAUCUUUCAUCGCUGUUUUUAUUUUAAAUUAGCUGUUCAAACCUCACCAGGACUUAGAUUUUACAUCAACUUAAUUGAUUUAUCCUCACUUAAACCUUCAAAAAAAAGUGAAUAGUUUGAUUGUGGUGCCUUGUUUUUAGAAUAUCACCAAUUUUUCUGAGGUAUACUGGGAGACAUUUUUUCUCCAUGUGUUGCAAUUCAAGUCCUUGUCCUCGUAAUUUUCUCACAAAGUGAAGCUGUCUUAUACAAAUAGCAUGAUCUGUAUUUUUGCUAUGCUGCGCUUCAUUCAUUCAUAGUGCUAUUUUUAAACAAAUCCACCCUGUUACUUUGUAAACUUGUUGUAACCAACAAUAAGGAGGAAGUUUCAAGAGAAAUCACUCAGUCUAUGCUGUCCCAAAAUAUCUUCUAAGUCUCUUCAUAGUUCCUCAUUAUCAAUCAGUAAGUAGCCCAGAGGUAAAACUUUGAAAUUGACUCAAGGGAGAAGAAAAUUGAAAAAAAACAAUAAACUUACUUGAAAUAUCUAUAUAACUCUUUGCGUCAAAAGCCAGUCGUAUGUUCAGGAUUUUUUUGCAUUCAGAAAAAAGUCUAGGUCUAAUUUUUUCAGGGAUUUAUAUUUUUUCAGUUUUUUACUCAACCUCUGACUUAAAUGUUGGAGGCUAUAGAGAAUGUCUUGUCCAUCAGUCAAAAGUACAAAAGGCAGGAGUAGACUUAGAAAAAUAAUCAUUCUAUAGUGUUUUAAAACCUCUAGAGGCGUUAAUUUCUUCUAGUGGUCAUUUUUACAAUAAUUGCAUAAUAUGUAAUACUCACGUUUGAUGAAACUAGUUUAUCAACCAAAUAGUAUUUUUGGUUUUUCACUAAUGCUCUAGUCGUGUUCAUUAAGUUUGUUCAGUGUCCAGUAAUUGGUAGUUGUUUAAUUACUGUACUCUUUAAUCACUGUACCUCAUAUAUAGUAUUAAAUCAUGAAAACUGGAA